UCUGGUCGGCUUAACAACGUAAAAGCUUACGGCGAAGGUGUGAGUUCAGACCGAUGUAUGCGCUACAAAAAGUGUUUUGGGAAAUCCCCACUAUACUGCUGGUCCGGAAGCAGUGGAAGCUGACCGCUGGGUAUGGAUUUCCCGGGUCAAGUUUAACAUGUGUUUUUAAGCACGAAGAUAUCACGAUGGUUCAAACUUCUCAGCUGUUGAUGAGGUAGGUCUGGCCUUUCAUUUCAGCUCCAGUGCUAGUCUUUGACGUCUCACUUCAGACACAAUCUCCGAAAAGUCAGAAUGAAUGAAAUUGCUGUUCGGACCCAUCAAGGAGAAUACUAUGCAGGAGAAAUAGUCUAUGGAAUGAUUUAUCUCAAAGUUGCCACUGCUGACUUUACUGAGAAAAUACAGCUGCAGAUAUCUGGCAUUGAACAGUGUGACUAUGUACCUGUUGAUGGCGAUGAUUGGUCAAUCAACCACUCUAAUGACUGCUUACGAAACCCAUACACAGACAAGGUCAUGGCCAAUCCUGUGGAGAUCUUGGCCCCAAAAGAACCGCUUCCUGUUGGCUACUACAAGUUUCCCUUCCACUACAAACUGAAACCGAAACUCCCCAGCACGACCUCCAUUUCCUGCCCAAAGGACAGCUGGCAUGGCAGUGUCACCUACAGAGUCACAGCCACUGCCGGGGACAAACUCAGUGACACCCAGACCUUCGUCUGUCUGGGCAAGAGGACAGAUGACGUCCUCAAAGUUGCCUACAUGGAUGAAAAGAUGAUCAAGACCUGUUUUUGCUACGACCGAGGGGGGUUAUCCCUCAUGGCUGAGUUGGAUAAAUCAGUCUACACAACGGGAGAAACAAUGCAGCUGAGUGUUAAUGUGAACAACAAGUCAUCAGAGCUUGCCAAGUCGGUCAAAUGCUGGCUCAAGAGAACGGUCUGGAUGUACGGCUGUUGGGUUGAUCAAGAACAAUUCAAGGAAGAUCCCAAAUCUUCUUUGAUUUACGCCACUCACCGUGGAGACGCAAGGGUCCGACUUCAAGACGAGGUCUCCAUAGAUGCUGAAGAAAUCUGCUACAAGAAUCUGGGCUCGGUCACACCGAAGGAAAACCGUGACUGGACGUAUGAUAUCCACCUUUCCAAUCCUGACGGUUCCCUCUUGCCUCCCUCCACCAUAGGAAGCUAUUUAAGAAUUGCCUACUGCAUGCAGGUUCAUGUGUCUGUGCCCAGAGCCACUGAUCUUAUUGUCACAGUACCAGUCACUCAUGUUCUACCUUCAAAGAAUACAAAGUGGCUAGAAUGGAGACCAGAAAGCUGGAUGCAGAAUUGUCAGAUGUUGCCGAGACAUGACAAACUAGCCGUCAGAAACUCCAUUUUAGAAUCCCCAAUCUACGAAGGGUUGCUGUGAAAGUGCCUCUAGUCAUAUCCAAGGAAACCUGGAGCUACAAGAAAGACCAAAGCCCGGUCAAACUUGCCAGUCUUGUUUUUUGUUACAUCCAGAAGAAAUGUACCAAUCUCCAGUGGUGUGGUAAAGCCACACUUAAGGAGUACCUUCCCGUCUUCUCAGAGACAUGUAAAUUCCAGGUGCUUUUAGAUAAUGCAAAGAUAAUAUAUGUGGUUUGUGACCAAAUUUUUAAAAACAAAAUACAGGGUGAGUAAAAAAAAAACGAAACCCAAAUGUCGGGACC